UUUCCAAUGUAAACAAGAACAAGGGUGCUUGUGUUUUUUCAAACCUUAACAUGUUAAUUUACAUCGAAAGUAAAGCUUUUCCGCACCGAACAUUUGUUGUUGUUGUAAAUUUCAAUGACAAGAUUGCUCGGAUCCGAGCCCGCAUGCUGCACAAGUUGUUUGAGAUUGGCUACCCAGAUCACCAGUUUAGACUUCGCUACAAGGGGCAGUACCUCAGGGAUGCCUUUCUCAUCAGAGAUUAUGAUAUUGUUGACAACUCUGUGAUUAAGAUGAUUCCUUUGUCAAAGAAAUCUGAUUCAAUGUCUGACCUACAGUCGGUGGCGGGAUCCUCCACAGUAAACCUGGAUCUGAACGCUAACGAAACAACCGACGUCAAGGCCCCACUGUACAAGGAAAUCAAAGCAUUCACACUGAGAGAGAAACUACUGAAAGACUUCAAUGGCCUGUUGUACAUGCACUUCCUGACCACCUGUCUGACCCUGGUAACGACCUUUUACUACUCUUUUCUCUGGACCUUCCCAGUUUUUAUUUUUGCCGUUUUGUUCCGUCCCCAGUACACAAGAGUUGGAGGAUAUGUUGGAAAUAACACUCAUUUGAGAUUUAUUUUCUGUAUUGCGUACUUCUUGGCUUCUCUGGGGACACUAGGAGCAGCUAUUUACAUGUCUGCCACUUCCUGGAUGGUGAUUGUGAAUCAUGGCUGUAAGGACUGGGAGUUUAUCAGUGACUGCUCUCAUAAGAACGUCUUCACCGCGAUAUUCUUCGCCAUGCAGUCCCUCCUUCUCCUUCUGUCGGCCAUUGUUGUGGGCGUGUUGUUCUUCAGUUUCAGACUGGAGAUUGGAGAUUAUAUUGAACAAUUCCUAGUUCAGGAAAGGGAUAUUGAAAUGGUGAUGGCAGCCGCUCGCAAUGGAAGACUGAAGGACAAGAGAACAGCGGCCUAUGAGCUGGCAGCCAUGGCAGCCUCUGGUGACGACAACAAAUUCAGAAUCGUUGCAGAGGGAGGUUUGGAGGUUCUGCUAGCUCUGGCAAUGAGUACAGAUGAAGGAACACAGGAGCAUGCAGUGGAGGCUCUAGAGGAACUCAUCACCAUCCCCUCCAUACAGGACAACUUUGUGGAGAUAGGAGGAGUGAAGGCUUUGACAGCACUACUCCACUCAGAGAAUUCCCGAAUCAUGCAGGAAGCUGCCAGUGCCAUCUACGGAAUAGUAUCAGAGUCUGACGAACACAAGAGUGCCGUAGUCAUGGAUCAUGGUCUGGAUGACCUGGCCCGUGCGGCUUACCAAGGAACAAUAACUUGUCAGAGGACCGUGGCCAGCAUCUUCCUGGAUCUGGCAUUCAACAGAGAUAUCCGAGUCCAGAUCACCUCCAGGAAUAUUCCAGCUCAGGCCUUGAUCCACCUUUGUAGAAGCAAUGAUGUGGAGACUCAGAGAUAUGCUCUACAAACACUAGAGCUUCUGGCAAUAGAGAGUUCUGACAUGAUCUGUGCCCAAGAAAAUCUACUUGAGGUUCUUUUGGAGCUUCCUAUGAAUACCAUGGAUGAAAAGCUGUUCCUUUUGGCUGGAAAAAUCCUCCUAUACUAUGCAGAAAAUAGACAUACAUGUGAACUACUGAUGGAUCACACCAUGCUGAAGGAGUCUCUGAGUAUGUUUGCCAGAACCAAGGACCCCAUGCUGCAGAAAGUUGUGGCUAAAAUCAUCUUCUGUAUGCUGGAGGCUGCAGAUCUACGUGUGCGGGCUCGGCGCCUGAAGUUGGACCGGGUUCUGGAGUAUAUAAUGGACAACUCUGCUGACAGGGAGGCGUGGGACAUGGCUGACCAAGGCCUACAGGUGAUGAAUUCCAAGGACGACCACACCCCUGUACCCGCUCUUCCCUCCCUCAGUACACUGGAGAAACUCAACAAAAUGGCUGCCAAGGACUCGUUUGGAUCACGAGCUUCCCUACGCUCAGAUCAAGGCUCAUCUGGAGGCUCGUCUGAUGACGUAAAGAAGGGACUGAACUGAGGAUAUACCCUCCUCCCCAUGCAAUAGAACUCAAGUACUGUUGAAAUCUUUUCUGUGACGAUGUUAAUUAAAUUUUCCAUAGUAUUUUAUUUUUGUUACAAUAUAUUUAUCUAGUAUUCUAAUAAUAUGCAUAAAUUUAAAGUUUUGUUUAUUUUUUCCGUCCAAAAUAUGCACUCUUUAUGAGUUAUUUAAGGAAGUACAUGUAUAUUGUACAAAAAGGACAUACUAAAGUAUAUCGAUUUUGUUACCUUUUUUUUUUUUUACAAACUUGACAUUUAUUUGUUGAUUACUGUGAUAAUUCUAUGAUUUAUUCCUAUUUGUAGCAUUUUAUUCAUAUAAACCUGUAUGUUUAUAUCUAUCUGUAUGUAAUCCUUCAUGUUAUUUUUUAAAUAUUUAUGAUUUAAUUGUUUUCAUUAUUUACAACCCUUAGCUAUCUUUAUUAUGUAUUAAUACAUUUUCAUUUUCCAUUUGUUUUAAUAAAUUCCAACAAUUUUAUUAUUUAUAUCAGACAUUUUAUUUGAGACUUUUGGAGGCUGGUCCUCUUUUGCUUUAUUAACCAUGUUAACCGUUAUAAACCAAUGCAGUAAACUAUUGAAGAGUUACAA